AUCACUUGCUAUAUCAAUGCGAUGGUAUUAGCCAAACAUUUGCAGAACCAAAUUGAUCUUCUUUCUAAUUCUCUCAUUGCCUAACGCACUUUGGAUCAAAAAUGGCAAAGUCACCGGAACAAGAGCACCCUGUUAAGACCUAUGGCUGGGCCGCCAGGGACACAUCUGGUCAUCUCUCUCCUUUCAACUUCUCGAGAAGGGCAACUGGAGAAGAAGAUGUGAGGUUCAAGAUAUUGUAUUGUGGGAUAUGCCAUUCUGACCUUCACAGCAUCAAGAAUGAAUGGGGAAUCUCCAUCUACCCUAUGGUUCCAGGGCAUGAAAUUGUAGGGGAAGUGACAGAACUAGGCAGCAAAGUGAAAAAGGUUAAGGUGGGAGAUAAAGUGGGUGUGGGAUGCAUGGUUGGUGCUUGCCACAACUGUGAGAGCUGUGAAAAUGACCUCGAAAAUUAUUGUCCUAAAGUGAUACUUACCUACAAUGCAACUUACUAUGAUGGAACAAUGACACAUGGAGGUUAUUCAGAUUCAAUGGUUGCUAAUGAACGCUACGUUGUUCGGAUCCCUGAUGGCAUGCCCCUUGACACUGCAGCUCCAUUGCUAUGUGCUGGAAUCACUGUUUACAGUCCAUUAAAAUAUUUUGGAUUAGGUGAACCUGGAAAGCACAUUGGCAUUGUUGGCCUUGGUGGUCUUGGUCAUGUUGCUGUUAAAUUUGCCAAGGCUUUGGGGUGCAAAGUAACAGUAAUUAGCACUUCCCCUAGUAAGAAGGCCGAAGCCUUGGAACAUCUUGGUGCUGACUCUUUUUUGGUUAGCCGUGAUCAAGAAGAACUACAGGCUGCCAUGGGUACUUUUGAUGGAAUCAUAGACACAGUCUCUGCUGUCCAUCCAAUUAUGCCACUGCUUGGGCUUCUAAAAUCUCAUGGAAAACUUAUCAUGGUGGGCGCACCCAACAAGCCACUUGAGUUACCUGCCUUUUCUUUGAUCGUGGGAAGGAAGACGAUGGCUGGGAGUGGUAUCGGAGGAAUGAAGGAGACACAAGAGAUGAUUGAUUUUGCAGCAAAACACAACAUAGAAGCAGACAUCGAAGUUAUUUCGGUGGAUUAUGUGAACAAAGCGGUGGAGAGACUUGAAAAGGGUGAUGUUAGAUACAGGUUUGUAAUUGACAUUGGGAACACAUUGGCCGCUACCAAGCCCUGAAGACCAGUCGGCUCUGUCUAGCCUUGUUUAAACUACUAUAGUAUCAGCCAUAGCUUUAAAAAGCUUGGACAUUGGGGUUGUUUUGUGAUUGAAUAAAGCUUGCUUAAACAGACUUGUUAUGGACAGUUUAAGCAGUCAAUCAAUAAAGAGUGCAGGAACAAAAAAUUCAAUGCU